AAAAAAAAAAAAAAAAAAAAAAAAAAACAGUUUUUUUUAGGUUUUAUAAAUUAAUGUUAUGAUGAAAAAUUUUAAAAUUUUUAUAAAUUGCUGUUUUAUAUAAGAAGAAUUAUUUAAAAUUUUGAAAACUACAUAUUUAUGACCGUCGGAAAAUAUAUUAUUUAAAAUAAUAAAAAAGAGACUUAUGAUUAAAUAUUCAUAAAAUUCUAUCCAAAAUGUAUUUAUAAUUUAUUAAAAGACGAUAAUUAAUGUAAUAAGAGGGUAUCAAAUUUAAGGUGAAUAAAUUAAAAUUAAUUAAAUACAAAAAGGACAUAAUUAAGUAGAAAUAAAAUGAUACUAUUAUUAUUAUAUUGAGUUAUUAUUAUUAUUAUAAAUACGCACUAAAAAAUAAUAAAUAGAACACUGUGUUUUCAUUUAAAAUUGAACAUUAAUCAUAAUCCUCUUGGAUUGUGAUUACCGUUAUGUGUGUAGGUGCGCAUGCAAUUGUGUCUGUGUCUAUUGUGUAUAUUACGUUGGAACAUUGUUUACCACUUUACUGUUAAACGUCAAGUGCUUUAGAGACAAUUAUUUAUAAUUUAACAGCAAAUUCUGUCACAUCAUUAAUAAAAAUUUUGUUUAAGGACAUCAGUGACUCUAUAAUAUGAUAAAUAUUUUAAAUUAAUGAGAGGAACUGUAAUCUCUAUUGUUCAACUCUAUUGUAAUUACGAUGAUAAUCAAUAAUUGUUGAUAAAAAAUUAAAAAAAAAUAAAUGGUGUCUGCAAAUGACUAGUGGGUGUGAGUUGAUAAUAAUAAGUGGGUGUGUGGUUGCGGUGUGACAAAAUUUUAUAAAGAAAAAUCACAUCAUGAAGGAGAACCGUCAAAGAUGGUUACAAGCCAUUUGGCCGCUGAUAGCAGUUCUUUGUCAUCAAUCAGGUUGCGCGGCUAAAAGUGGUAAUGGCGGUUCAGUGAUAGAACACCAUCCAUCUUCCUACUGGGAGCAACCUUUCAGUCAACCUUACUUUGACAACACGACCAAAAGAGAAACAACAACAACAGUCGGGCAAUCUGCUUACUUAUAUUGCAGGGUUCGCAAUCUCGGUGAUCGUGCUGUCUCGUGGAUUCGUAAACGAGAUCUUCAUAUUCUGACAGUCGGAAUUUUGACGUACACUAAUGACCAAAGGUUUCAAGCGAUGCACAGCGAUGGAAGUGAUGAAUGGACACUUAAGAUAACAUCACCGCAAGUCCGUGACAGUGGGACAUACGAAUGCCAAGUUUCAACAGAACCGAAAAUAAGUCAAGCUUAUAAAUUAAAUGUCGUUGUGUCAAAAGCAAAAAUUGCUGGGAAUUCCGAGCUAUACAUCAAAAGUGGAAGUGAUAUAAAUCUUACUUGCAUCGUACUACAGACACCUGAACCACCAUCUUUUAUCUACUGGUACAGAGGUGAGCAUGUGAUAAACUACAGUCAACGAGGAGGAAUCAGUGUCGUGACAGAGAAACAGACCAGGACAUCGCGUCUGUUGAUUUCUCGGGCACUCCCAACAGAUUCUGGCAAUUACACCUGCGCUCCUUCUACAGCAGAGUCAGCCAGUGUCCUAGUACACGUACUUAAUGGAGAACAUCCAGCGGCAAUGCAACAUGGGAAUUCAAGUAAUAGUGGUGCAGCAACUUGUACACUAGCACUACUACUUCUUUUUCUUUAUGCUGGCUCUUUUGUAAGAUGACUGAUUAGUGAUAAUAAUGAUAGUUAUUAUUAUUAUUAUGAACUCUAAUAACUUUUUAAGAGACAUUUUACUUUAAAUUGUGGUGCAUUUGAGUGCGUUCAGAAUUUUAGACAGUUAUUAUCUAUCUCGGCGUAUAUAUACACAUAUAUAUAUGCUCUUUACCUGAUUGAAUGGAAUUUGUCGUAUCGCAUGACAAGAGUAUUUGUGAUUUAUAUCUUAUUUUGUAUAAUAGUGUAAAAUUAUCUACAUCUAAUCAGGCGGGUGAUAUUCUCGCAAUAAAUUUAUCUCCAUUACGCGCCUGUGUCACAAUACGCAUUGACAUGAUUUGUAUUAUAAAAUAAUGGUGUGAGAUAACAUUUAAGUAAUUCAAUAUAUACAUACUUAUAUAUAUAUUGAUUCCCCCAAAGUUGUUUAGCACUUUUGUGUAUUUUAUUAUUCGUUGUUUUAUUUACUAUUAUGAUGAAUAAAUAAAAUGGUUUAUUAUACUGUAGUAUGUAUAUUUACACAAACGAGGGAAAAUUUUAAAUCCGGUAAAUAAUAUUAUUUAUUUACUACAGAUAUAAAAUAACGAAUUAUACGUGAAUGUAAUGUAAGUCAUAUAUAUAUAUAUAUUGGGGGAUAAAUAUGUGCAUUUAUUUUAUAGACGAUAAAUAAAGAAAAUAUCACACUUAUAUGCGGUAAUUAAUAACAUUGUAAUGAUCAAUUUUUAAAUGUAAUAAUAACAACGUUCAUGUAUGCUAAAGAAAUAAUUCAUCAGUAUGUUUAAAAAUUUAACAAAUAAAUAACUAAAUACCUGUGUAGAGAUUAAUUGAAUUGAUCCUGUUUGAUCAAACGAUGUUGACUACGAAAAUAGAAAUUGGUUAAAUAUCAAGUUUAAUGUAAAAUAAGGAAGUGGGGGUAAAAUAGGUCGGUUGAAUUUUUUCUUUAGUUUGUCGGGGGAAACAAAAUACCCAUACAGAAAAAUAUAUAAAUAACAUAUAUGUCCCAUAUAGCCAAUACAUGAUGCAUAUAUGUUACAUAUAUAUUUUUCGUGCGGGUAGUCGAGGUAAAUCGGACCGAUUGCGAGUGAAAUUUUUUUGUCAUUAUUUUAUUGAAAGGAUUUUAUUCAAAUGAGUUGACAAUAAAAUUUUUGAUUUCACUUAAUGUAAUUUUUGAAAGGAAAAAAUAUUUUUAUGUGAUUUUAAAUAGAGGGGAAGAAAAACAUUUUUGAGCGCCAUUACGCUGAAGUUUCUAUUUUCUACUUAUGUUUGAAAUAAAGUAUGAAAAAUUUUUUAUUACCGUUGAAUUUUUGGUAGCCCCAAAAAAAUUUUAUUAUCUUGUAAUCUAGGAUAAAAAUAUCAUUUGCAACACAAUUUGAGCAGAAUAAUUUUAAAAAAACAUUUCCAAAACAAUUUUUUUAAAAAAAUUAUCGAAAAAUAAUUCCUGCACGGAAAAAAAUAGGUAUUACAAAAAGAUGCAGCAACAGGAUUUUCAUGUUACAGCAACAGGAUACAUCCUGUGGGAGCAACAGGACAAAAUCCUGUUGUAGCAACGAAACUUUUUCUGUCGUAGCAACAGGAUUUUUUCUGUGGAAUCAACAGAAUAAGAAACAAGUUCAAUUUUGAAAACAAAAUUUUCUUCAUCACUAUAAGAAGCAUACAAAUUUCAGCCCGUUGCUUCCACAAGAUGUGUCCUGAUGCUGUAACAUGAAACUCCUGUCGCUGCAACAGGAUUUCGUCCUGUUGCAGCGCCUAUUUUUUUUCCGUGUAGAUUUUUUGAAUACUUAAAAAUAAUUAAAUAAAUACCGAAUUAGGAUUCAGAACCAUUUUGUAAAAUUUAUUUAGGCGACUCCCCUCGCUCCCCCUUUUCUUCAAAAAUACAGUCCAGUCGCGUUAUAAGUCCGAUGACUUAUAUUUCUUGGAAGACAUUCCCCCUCUAUGGGGAAGUUUGAGUUACGGCGUUCAACUGCUGAGCAGAAUGGGGGGUACAGGAAUUCUUAGAAUUAUAUUCCCCUACACUCCUGUAGGCGGACUUAUAACGCGAUUCGACUGUAAUACAGAUUAUAAAAUUUUUUCGCCGGCCUAUUUUGCCCCACAGUUUUUAUUAUCAUACUAAGACUUAUCUUAUUAAUAUGAAAUAAUUAUUUCAAAACUCAAAGGAAAUAGUAAAAAAUAUGACUCAUUUUUUUUCAACCCCCACCCCCUUUCUUGAUAUUUUUCAUUUCAAUACAAAAAUUUAUUUAUACAUCACACAUUGAUUACUUCCAAUAUAGUCCAGUCGGCCUGGAAAAAAAAAGGGGUUUGUUGGCAACUUUUCGACAAAAUGGUCCGAUUUUGAAUUUUUUUUUUUUAAAAUACUCAGAAAAAUAUUCUAAACAUUUGUGUGUAUGUGGGAAGUGUUGCUUUUUUUUUGUUUAAAAAAUAGCGUUUUAGCGUUGAGCUUUAAAUUAAAAUAUCUCAGAAACUACGCAAAAGUAGUCGAGACAUGCUGCGUAUGAAAUUUAGAGAAUUGAAUAACGAACAAAAUGAGCCCAACCCGAUUUCUCUACGACCAAUAGUUUGCGAGAUAUUAAUUUUUUAAUGAAGAAAAACGCGGUUCCGCUCGAACGCUUAUAAACAAAUAGCUGUAACUCCUCGAAAAAUCAUUCGAUUUACUUUUUUUUUUUUUUGAAUUACAGCUAUUGUUGUCUACUAUAAGCAAAAAAAUCAGCUAAGCUAAAAAAAAUUUUUUUGAAUUUAUAGGAAUUAUUUUCAGUUUUUCGAAUUUAUGCAUUAAAAAAUAGUUAAAAUUCGAAAAAAAAUAUUUUGUUUGCAUAUAAAACUUUGACCAGCACCAUAGAAUCGAUGUGAGAAAAAAUAUUUUUUUUAAAAAAUUUUUUUUAUGCAAAAAUUUAGCUUACAAGUUUAAAAAAAUAUGAGCUCUACGGG